AAGCUUGAUUACACAUUUGUGGGUAUCAGUCAGCAAGAUGUGAAUGAACUUCGCGAGAAACAUGACGUCGUUCCAAUGAAGUUGAAUCAAACUAGGCUUGCUGUUGAAAUUGGAGAUGUUAUUCAUAUUCCACAACAUCCUGAUGGAAGAGAAAAGAGAAUCAGCUAUUCCACAGUCUGUAAGGUCACUGCAUUUGAAGUAUUUUAUAAAGCUGACACAUAUUUUGGUUCAUCUGGAUCCCCAGUGUUUUACAGUCAAAGUAAUAAUAUGUAUGUCCUGGCCUUACACAAAGAUGGUGGAGUGGAAUUAUCUAAUGGAAGACAGGCCAAUAGAGGAAUAUUAAUUAGUGCUAUAUUGGAUCACAUAUGUCAACACAGUGGUAAGCUUCUUUGUUGUGUGUGGAAACACCAUGUCUAGAAUGUGUGACCCCAGUCUCGUCUGAGUAACAUAAAGAUCGCAGGUACCCAGUACAUAAGUAACAAUCUCACAACUUGUCAACAAGAUGUGUUUGCACUGCUGGUUACCAGUUGUUGACAAGUCCAGAACAAGUUGUUAUCAUCUUGUAACAAAAGUUCAUGAGGCCAACAGCAACAAGUUGUUCCAACAUAUUUAAUAUUGUCUGCUUAUAACAAGUUGUUGCCAAGACGAUGAUAAUAAGUUCGUAGGAACUUGUUACAAACAGCCAGUAUUAGGCUUGUUGGAACAACUUGUAGCAAGUUUGUUAUCAUCAUCAACCUUGUAACAAGACAAAAGCAGUUUAAAGUUUGUUCGUUCACUGCAACCAAACUUGUAUAUCAAUCAUGUUUCGCUCGCUACUCUGGUUUAAAUAAAUGAUUACAAAGCCCAGUCGAAUUGUAAUCAAGACCCAACGUUUCGACAUUCCAGUCUAGUGUCUUCAUCAGAGGUGAUCUAAAAUUGCAAUCGCGGCUUCUUAAAUACCCAAGGGAUGACGUUACCUGCCAAUGAGAUGCAUUAUUCCUCUGGCAAAUAGGCACCGUCAUCCCUAUUCAAAGCAUGAAAACUCAUAUUUAUAUGCCACGCUUCUAGGCAAAGUCUUUGACCAUAGCGAUUGUUUGUGGUAAUUACUUUAGCGUUUUCCCACGCAAUCUCGUGUUUGGUGUAACAUACAUGUUCUGCUAUAAAGCUGAUUUUCCCUUGUCUAAAGUUGAAACAGCCUUUUGAUGUUCUUUUAGCCGUGUACCAAACUGGCGUUUAGACUGACCCAAAUACUCUUCUCGCCGUCACCGCAUGGUAUAGAAUAUACAGUCUGAUUUGUUUUAACAGGAUCUUUUGGCUUUGCGAAAAUAUGGUCUAAAGUCAAAUAGGGUUUUAAGGCAACCUUAAUAUUACAAUUACUUAGGAAUCUAAGUUCUUUGUAUGUUUGCAUGGCGAUAAAACAUAUAAUAGUUUUGUUUGUGGAAACACCACGUAAAUUUAUUACUGCAAAUCUUUCGAUCCGUAUUAAAAGCCCGAACAUAUUAUUAGCACUGAUGAAGAUCCGGGCUUACGGAUCGAAAGCUUUGCAGUAAUAAAUUUACGUGGUGUUUCCACAAACAAAACUAUUAUACUUAAGAUUCUCUUGAUUGGUUCUGUGACACCUUGAAUGUAUGGAACUAUUGCAUAACCCUUAACAGAGGUAUCACCCUCGGAGUUAUUUUGGUUCCUACAAACAGGUGAUCUCAGGCAAUCAUUAAGAAAACGUUUUGGGUAAUCGUUUUCCCCUAAAACAUUUAGAACAUAUUCACGUUCAUUAGCUUGAGAAUAACUGUUUGACGGCAAGGAUUCAGCUCUUUGAAGCAAAGUUUUUGCUAUGGAUCUUUUAUGUCUUACUGGGUGAUGUGAGUCGUAUGACAAGUAUUUGUCUGCGUGUGUGGGUUUGCGAUAAACAUCAGUCUCUAACUUCCCUUCGACAGUUCUGUGCACAUUCAAAUCUAAAAAAGCUAAAUAUCCAUUUAUCUCACGUUCUACCGUGAAUUGGAUGGACGGCUCAAUAGAAUUUAAAUGUUGCAGCAGAAUAUCGAUUUCAUUUCUAGAAACCGCAGAGAUGACAUCAUCGACGAAACGUUUCCAAAACGAUAGAGAUACCGGAACAGAGGCUAAAGCUCUUUGUUCGACAUCUUCCAUUACUAAAUUAGCAACUACUGCCGAUACUGGUGACCCCAUCGUUGUUCCAAAAACCUGUUGAUAACUUAGAUAAUAACAGCCCUCAAACACAAAGUAUGUGGUGUUGAGACAAAAAGGCAGAAGAUCAAUAAUAUCUUCUACAGGCAAGGAUGUUCUCUGUACCAAAGUGGCAUCCUGUCUUAGUCUUUUUGUCGCAACCUUGAUGGCAAGAUCAACUGGGAUGUUUGUAAACAAGGAAACGACAUCAAAUGAUACCAACACUUGAUCUGCUUUAAGAGUUUUACCUCUUACAAAUUCUGCAAAAUGACAGGAAUUUUUUACAGUGUUUUCGGUAUUCCCCACCACAGGGGACAAAAUUUUCGCCAAAAAAUUUGAAACUCCAUAUGUAGGAGAAUUCACAAAGGACACAAUAAGUCUCAAUGGAAUUUCCGGUUUAUGGAUUUUCGGUAAACCAUAGAAAUGCGGAGAUAGUCCAUCACUGCUGUAUAACUUUUCUUAAGUAGCCUUACUGAUAAUAUUGGAUUUCUUCAAAAGAAGUAACUUGGCGUUUAAACCUCUUUGAGUCUUUCCAGUAGGAUCAGACUUGGGAAUAGAAUACGUAUUUCUGUCAUUCAACAGUGAAAGAGUCUUCUCGCGAUAAUCAUGUUUGUCCAUAACAACAACACAAUUGCCUUUGUUCGCUGAAAGAAUAACCCUGGGUCAGAGUAUAUGGGUCAGUCUAAACGCCAGUUUGGUACACGGCUAAAAGAACAUCAAAAGGCUGUUUCAACUUUAGACAAGGGAAAAUCAAAGCCGAACAUAUAUGUUACACCAAACACGAGAUUGCGUGGGAAAACUCUGAAGUAAUUACCACAAACAAUCGCUAUGGUCAAAGACUUUGCCUAGAAGCGUGGCAUAUAAAUAUGAGUAAUCAUGCUUUGAAUAUGGAUGACGGUGCCUAUAUUUGCCAGAGGAAUAUAUGCAUCUCAUUGGCAGGUGACGUCAUCCCUUGGGUAUUUAAGAAGCCACGAUUGCAAUUUUAGAUCACCCCUGAUGAAGACACUAGACUGGAAUGUCGAAACGUUGGGUCUUGAUUACAAUUCGACUGGACUUUGUAAUAAUUUAUUUAAACCAGAGUAGCGAGCGAAACAUGAUAAAAGCAGUUUGUUCCAGACUUGUCACAACAACUAGUACUGGGAUCAAGCAGUGCGAACACAUUUCGGCCUGACAACAACCUUAUUACAACUUGUUUGCAGUUCUGUAACAACUUGUGCGUUUUUACGUGUGUACUCGAAACACUUGCGAGUGUCUUGCGCAUAGUGUUUUUCUUCCUCUCUUUUUUUGUUCCUUGAAAACGUGUUAAACUCGCUAUAUUCGCGUUUAACUGAGAAUUUGCAAGUCUUUCCAGUACUCGUGAGUCGACUACAGUCUACAGUAGAUGUUUAUUGAGGACUGUACUAGAUAAAUAGAAUAAGCCAGUUCUUUAGAGAAUUAAUUUGUGGGGGUCGUAUACUUUAAUUGAUCCUGACGAUUACAGUAAUCCAACACAAUAUUAUGAACCUUUCCCGCACUUUCCCAGUCCUUAUCCUACUUCCAGUGGCUCUACACUGGGCAAUAUGAUAAAUUGGUGGAAAUUGAACCAUCAACCUUCAGUUUGGCUAUCGAGUCGGCGAACAACUUUCUACUAAAUAGAUAUUCUAUCCUAUGAAAUUCUUGAAAAUCUUCAUAUUUUUGAAGAAACUGACGAGAGACCAGCAGACGUGAAUGAAGGAGCAUCUUCCGAUGGAAAACAGGAAUCUGGAGUGCAUGUUCCUGACACAACAACAAAUCAAGGCCUUCCUGUUGUUCAAACGCAGUCUGGAGAAAACGUGCCAACCCCUACCUCAGGUUAGAGGCAAAUCUAAUAAUCUCAGUUAAGUCUACCUUUUCUUCUGUAGGUCGAGAACCAUUAUCUAUUUAAUAUGUACAGGACACUCCGGACAGACGCAAGCAUGAAACCAUUUCAGUGACGUAAUAUAUUUAAGCCAAGAUCACAGCUCGCUGUGAAGCAUCACGAACCAGCACAGUUACUGUCGUUCCAAUUGAAGUGUUGCUCAAAUAUUGAUUCAAUACAUUACCUCGGGCUUUCAUCAAGUUCCUCGAGAUAUUCAUACACUUCCUAGUAUAAUUGUAAACUUCCUGUUGAAUAGUUUGAAUGCACCAAUCACCUUGGUUGUUUGUGCAACUAACCAAUCAUAAAUAGAAAGGAAGUGAUCAGAAAUGAUCAAAUACUUGGAAUUGGCCCUUUCACAGGAAGUGUAUGAGGCCCAAUCAAUAUUUGAGCAACACUUCAAUUGGAACGACAGUAAUAGAGGAACCAGUAACCAUCGUUUUUUGUGUUGAUCAUGACACGUCAAAUGGCGUGUAAAUAUCUUGACAUCGCGCUUCGUGAUCAUCAAACCUUUUAUAUUACUUUAAAACACAUAGAUAACAUUUUGGUGUUUGGUAAACCUUUGCUGGGCUGAACCUGAUUGAUUUACAAAAGGAAUUAAGUUUCAUUUAUAAUGAGCAUAGCUUAUAAGUUAUCAUUACUCAUUAGUAAAUGCGCGUAUAUGAAACUGUUUUUUACUUGCAUUAUUUCAAUAUUAGUUUGUAAAUCUCUGAAUGGUAAAACUUGCCAAUACUCCAAUAAUACGUUUUAGUUUUAAAAAAGCUUUUAGUUUUGCAGAGUUACAUUCUCAAACGUGUAAGACACUGAUAAGAUCAAAGUAUCACGAAAUUAUUUGAAUAAACCACCUCGCAUAUAUGGAGGGCGGAUAUCCUAAGGGGGGGGGGGGGUAUUCCUAGGGUAUUCGCCCCCCAAGGGGGCGAUAUGUCCAGGAUAUUCGCCCCCGGGGGCGAUAUUCCUAGGCGAUAUUCCUAGGAAUAUCGCCCCCUUUUAAGAGGGGGGCGAAUCUCCUGGGGGGCGAAAGUCCUGUGACACCGGAUCCGAUUGAUUACAACCACAUAAUGUGACACAUUAAAACGAGUUAUUUGUGAUAUAAACUGCUCUCUGCUGUAUAUUGUCUGACGAUCCUUUGAGGGUCAUUGUCUUCAAUUUUUUAAGGAUUAUUUCACUUCUAAUAAUAUGAUACAUAUAACCGUACGACAAGGCAAAGCAAUAUGCUUUAUUUGCUAAGGGUUCUUUUUAUUAUAACGGUUUUAAGAUUUUUAAUAGUCUUAAUUCUUAGUAUUUUUAUAAUGUAGUAGUUUUAGAGUAGUAUAGCAGUAGUUGCAGUAUAUUUUGUAUAUUCAUGUAAUUUUAAUAGUGCUAUAGUUGAUCAAAUUUACAGGGCCCCUAUUGAUAGCAGAAGCUUGUAAGGGUUUUACAUUACAUUACAAUGAUUACAUCACAUUCUUGUGCCGCAUAUUAAACAGACAAUGGACUAUUUUAUGACAAAAAGGUAGUGACGUACUGUAUUGUCCAAGUACCACCAUCAAUAUCCAGUAUUCGGUUAUUAUCUGGCAGACCACCAUCUGGUAUCCGGCAAAGCAGUAUCCGGUCCAUCCCUACUUCAAAGGUCUGUAUAUAAUCAUCGAUCAACAGGUUCUUAACAUAUACUUGAGGGCGAAUAUCCACACAUACUUGAGGUAUGGGCCUAUUGCUUGAUAGGCUUUGUUAAAAUCUACCUAUUGUAUCAUCUUGUUUAAUUUAUUGUUUAGAUGCACCUUCUUCUAGUAACAAGCAACCAUCUUAUCUUGUCCAAGAAACAGAAAGUCCAUCUUCAAAGACAUCACAAAUGCCGGCAGUAUCUGUACAACCAUCUCCUGUAGUGCAAGGCAAGUAUAAUUUAAUUGUACCAUGUCCAUGCUAUAUAUUUUAACCCUGAUUGUAACACAUUGCUUUAUACCGUUAGCUUUUGAUUAUAUUUAUCCCGCUGUUUAUUAUCAAAACCGACUAUUGGAGUUCGAUCACACCGAGUUAUGGGAAUCCUUUUGAAUUUCGCUACACAUAUUUCUUUUCUCUUUAAUUAGGUCCUCCGGCAAAUUGGCGAAACCACGCUAUAUGUCCCAGUCCAUUUGAAACCAAAGAGUUGAUUCGAAUUGCACAAAGAAUUGGCGAUCAGUGGGUAGCCGUAGCCAAGCUCACGGGUGUUUUUAAAGACUGGGAAAUUACUAAUAUAAGUUGCAACCAUACACUUUCAAGUGCUACAUUGAAAGCAGAUCAAAUGUUAACAGAUUUUAAAUCACGUUUAGGAAAGCGAGAAGUUCUUGCCGACGCUAUUAAGGAGUCAGGAAAAUUGGACAUAGCCAAGAAUGUACGCUCAGGAUUUUAUAUUUAUAGUACUGAUUGA